UCUGUGAGGCAAUUUGAAGUGUGAUUUGGGAUCUCUGUAGUGUGAUUAUCGGAGACAAACACAUUUUGUCACACAACAGCAGUCAGUCAAAUGAAACCUGCAUCGUGUUCAGCAAUGCCUCUGAGCACAGAUCAGACACGUUGGUUCCCUGUUACAAUGUGGAGACAUGCCACUUGUGCUAGCGGUAGCAUGCGCUAAUGUUAUGGUGGAUGUGUCGCUAUGGCUCGUGGAGAUGCUGUCGUUCAACCAUACCAGUUUGACCCUAAAUCGGACCAAGAAGAAGAGGCUCCUGAAGAAAUACAGACUCUGUGGCUGCAGCAGGACUUUUCAGAAUGUCUCUCUCAGUCUCUCUCUCUCAUCUCUCUGUCUCGUUGGUCACAUGUUAACACAUCUGGCGCGUAUGUUGCGCAUCGGAGGUGCCCAAGUGAUGCCUGUUGCCUGCCAGCAGCGGACAGAGUCAGAUCGGGACCGAGCACACCUGAGGAAUGGCCUCUGAACGCCAUGAGUCCAACUCAACCAGAAAUCUGACCAACCAGUUCGUGCAGCCGGCGUGGCGCAUCGCGCUGUGGUCGGUGGCGUACAGCACCGUGCUGGCCGUGGCGGUGUUCGGAAACCUGAUCGUUAUCUGGAUUAUCCUGGCGCACAAGCGGAUGAGGACCGUCACCAACUAUUUCCUGCUGAACUUGGCUUUCUCCGAUGUGUCCAUGGCCGCUUUCAACACGCUCAUCAACUUCGUCUACGCGGCUCAUGGAGAGUGGUACUUCGGAGAGGUGUACUGCCGGUUCCACAACUUCUUCCCGGUCACUGCGGUGUUCGCCAGCAUCUACUCCAUGACGGCCAUAGCCAUCGACAGGUACAUGGCCAUCAUCCAUCCCCUGAAGCCUCGUCUGUCGGCGAAGGCCACCACAGGAGUCAUCGUCUGUAUCUGGAGUCUGGCCGUGGUUCUGGCCUUCCCUCUCUGCUACUUCUCUACAACCAAAACUCUGCCCCGCAGGACCCUCUGCUACGUGGCCUGGCCCCGCAUGGCCGACGACUCCUUCAUGUAUCAUAUCAUAGUGACAGUCCUGGUCUAUGUGCUGCCCUUAGUGGUGAUGGGCAUCACUUACACCAUCGUGGGCGUGACUCUGUGGGGAGGAGAGAUCCCAGGAGACUCAUCUGAUAACUAUCAUGGACAGCUCAGGGCCAAACGAAAGGUGGUGAAGAUGAUGAUUAUCGUGGUGGUGACCUUUGCCCUCUGCUGGCUCCCCUAUCAUGUCUACUUCAUUGUGACGGGUCUUAACAAGCCUCUGAGCAAGUGGAAGUACAUCCAGCAGGUUUACCUGUCAGUGCUGUGGCUGGCAAUGAGCUCCACCAUGUACAACCCCAUCAUCUACUGCUGCCUCAACAGCAGGUUCCGGGCCGGUUUCAAGCGGGUUUUCCGCUGGUGUCCAUUUGUCCGGAUCUCAAGCUACGAUGAGCUGGAGCUCCGAAACACGAGGCUUCGACCGGGUCACCAGAGCAGCAUGUGCACCCUGUCUCGGGUCGACACCAGCAUCCUCAGCAAAGACAAGAGCGUGUGUUCCCGUGGAAACAGGUCCAGACUGAGUUCUGAGCUCAACAAUAAAGACGAUUAGCUGUCUUCACGGACACACUCCAGCUAAACACUCAUCCUUCUUUGACACAUUACUUUGAGCUGUCAAAUGUUGAUUUUCCUGUUUUUUUGUUCACACAAGCUGAUAAAUAUUAGUAAACACAGAUGCAUGUGGUGAAUGCUUAUAAAUCUCGGCAUUGUUUUUGAUUUGUACAUUACACCAGAGUUUUUGUAAUGUGAGGAGGGAGCAGGAGAAUUAAAGAAGAAGAGACAUGAGGCAAAAACACUUCAAAAGAAAAAUGGAUGUUGAUGUUCUAACAGGAAGUUAGUUAUUGUAGCGUGGCGAUAUGGUCUGACGAUAUGGUCCGUUUACCAAAAGCUGCAGGUUGGAGGUAUGGGUAUUUAUAUGUGUGUGUGUGCGUGUGUGUGUGUGUGUGUGUGUGUGUGUGUGUGUGUGUGU